AUGCUGGUGAGACGCAUUUGCUUCCUCCUCGCUCUCCUUCUCCUCACCUCAGCAUUCGCAAGUCGGCCCUUCUUACAGGCUAGUUGGAUGGUCUGGAAAGCGGCCAACAAAAAGAACUAUCCCACACUACGCGAGGAGCGCCUACGAAUGCGCAUUUUCAUCUCCAACUGCAUGUUCAGCCGAUGGCACAAUGAACGCUAUCACCUCGGACUGGAGACGUACUCCACUGCACUCAAUGCGUUUGCCGACCUCACGUUGAAGGAGUAUGCGGAGAAGUACCUCAGGCUCAACAAGGCCACGGUGGGUCACUUCUGGCACUACGACGCGAGCAUUCAUCAUGUGGUGCAACCUCUCCAACCACUUGAAGCGGAUGCAGUUGACUGGCGUAAGGAGGGACUUGUGACACCUGUUAAGGACCAAGGGCCGUGUGGCUCUUGCUGGGCUUUUUCUGCCACUGGCGCUCUCGAGGCUCAGUUAAAGAGGAAAACAGGGAAGCUUGUCAGUUUGUCGGAACAACAAUUGGUUGACUGUAGCCGAUACACAGGCAACGAAGGUUGCCGCGGUGGUUUGAUGAGCAGCGCCUUCGAAUAUUGGACGAGGUAUGGAGCGGAGAGUGAACGUGAUUAUCCCUACACUGCACGAAACGGACGGUGCAGAUUCAAUAGCUCCAAGGUGGUUACGAAGGUGUCAUACUAUGUCAGCGUAACAGAGAAGAGCGAGGUCCAAUUGAAAUUGAGCGUCGCAAGAGUGGGUCCCGUCUCUGUUGGCAUUGACGCUAGCUCUGCAGGUUUCAUGUUCUACAAAGGUGGCAUCUUCCAAGACUACUCCUGCUCAGAGGAUGAACUG